GCCGAAGACUGCUUGAAGAACAGAUAAUAACAAUAACGACGUUUCCCAAGGUUAAACCCUGCGAGUAGUUCGAACGCAGUACUUACCAGCAGGACGAAACAAUGGCAAGCGACGUCGGACUUCCGCUGAACAUCGAGUUUAGCGGCGGAGCGGAGUAUUUGUUUAACAACAAAAAAAAGCACAGUAUCACCUUACCAGCUGGCGAGAAAUGGACACUUGGAAAAUUGAUUAUCUGGAUUAGAGAUAACUUGUUGACCGAGCGAGCAGAGCUUUUUGUUCAAAAUGAUACUGUAAGACCUGGAAUACUCGUUUUAGUAAACGAAGCUGAUUGGGAAUUACUGGGCCAGGAGGAAUACGUGUUAGAAGCCAACGACACAGUGCUGUUUAUCUCGACUCUCCACGGCGGCUAAUGUCUCGAGGGAGCGUCUCUAUGCGGGAGGCUAUAUCCUACAACCAAACACUCGUGCACACGUGGAUAUUUGAAUGUAUAAAAUGUCUCUCGACCAAACGACUGCACUUCAGCGACUAUAAACGCGCGCACGCUUAUAUAAGCCCGCGCGGAAUCUUUUUUAAUUUUGAGCGAGCGAGCAGAAGCGUAUUGUGGAUCCUUUCUUUCUGUUUCAUAUUGUGAGUUUCAUUUAUCGAGGAGCUCGCAUUGUUGUAAAUACAGUAGGACGCGUCAAUCUAACGAAGGUAUUGUGUAUUUUCUGAAGUCCUCAUUGCAGGACAAUAAAGUGAUUUGAUAUUAUAUUAAAUAUUUUAAAACAUCCACAUUUAUUAUCAGAUAUGAUUACUUUCAAGGCGAGAAAUUCCUUCCUUUUCACAGUGAAUUUUAAUAACUCUGCAUUAAAUAAUUAAAAUGAUUUAAAGUUGAACAUUGCUUAUUUGAAAAUAUCUGAGAUAUUAGCCAGAUAAAACUUAUUAC